GCUCUGAAAAUUGCUGUUGAGUGGUUGAGUGAGUUGAAUAAAUGAGGCUUUUAGAAGUGACUACAGAAGUCGUUACAUUUAGGAAUGAAGCAGGGGUGGGGGGAACCUGGUAAAAAUGCAUUUUUAUAAAGAUACCGGGAACGGUCUGAAAUUACACGCAGGUCCUUUAAGAUGUAGGGGAGCCACUACCCGACAGCUCCAAAGAAUUGUGGGGCGAAGUGAGAAGAUGGCAGGUCUUGAUUGGUUAGAGACAGCUGCAUCCUGGCAGGUGAUUGGCUCCACAGUUGCAUGGGGCUGCUUGUGUCGUCACAAUCCCAGCAUUCCGUUGUAGCCUGCCUGUGGAACUCGCGGAACUUGCUGACAGGAACCAAACCCCACCCCCUCGUCUGCCGGAGCUGCCCUUAAAAUGAGUAAGAAUGGGUUUGGGAGCUAUGGCGGCAUCUCUGCUGCAGGCGGAGCCAUCGGAAGCAAUGACCCACCGUCUCAGGGCAGGGUAGCUCUUGCUUUUAAGUCCAUACGAUACAGGUCCCGAAUCCAGGAUAUUAUACCUUGCUGUGUAAACCAGCUGCUCACCUCCACUGUGAUUGAUGAUGUCUUCAUGAUUAGGGGAAUCGAGGUUUCCCUGGUCGCUAUCGUGGGGAUAAUCAGGCAGGCAGAGACGGCUACAAAUUACGUUCUUUACAAGAUUGAUGAUAUGACCACCAAGCCUAUCAACGUCCGCCAGUGGGUCGGCAGAGAUAGAGCAAAGCAGGGGAUAACUCUCCUUCCAGUGAGAGUAUACGCCAAAGUGUUAGGUAUCCUCAAAUCUUCUGCGGAGGUGAAGAGCCUUGAGGUGUUGAAAAUCCGUGUCCUGGAGGACACGAACGAGUUCACCACACAUAUUCUAGAAACGGUUAACGCGCACAUGAUGCUGGAUAAAGCGGCCUCUGGGCAAAGUGUCCCUGUUGUUCCCUCAGAAAUGGAUGAGGCCCAGAUGCACAGCGAUUACCACCCCGACUUCAUCCGGAAGGAGGUGCUGCGUUUGAUUCAGGAGUAUCCUCGAUAGGAAGGCAAGAGUGUUCGUGAGCUCCAGACCGAGCUUAGCAACCUGAGCAUCGGGACCAUCAAUCAAGCCAUUGAGUAUCUGACCGUCAAGGGCCACAUCUACCCCACUGUGGAUGGGGAGCGUUUUAAAUCUGCUGAUUGAAGCAGUGAAAACUUCUUUCAUUUUCUGAAGACGCUGCCUCCAGUUGUGACUGAGUUUGACUGUUUGACUUUUAGGAAGUAGAUUUCUUUAAACAAAAGAUUGGAACUGGCAUCCUUUUGGAACUUCACUGCUUUUCCAACUGCUUUGAACUUUUCUAUUUUUCUAACUAUAUUUGAAGCUCAGAGGGAGAUGGCGAUGGAUAAAUUGACUGGCCUUUUUGUAGAGUUUACCAGCAAGCAAAUGAAAACACUCUUGGACAGAUGAUUUUGGAGGAGAAAAGGUAUAGAAAAAGUUGAAAAUUAUUAGUUGCAUGGGAGCUUCUUCUGUAAUACCUACAUAUUAGGAGAAAGUAGAUGCAGUCAAGGAGCCAGUUAAGAGACAAAAAAAUAUUCUGUUGUUUUUACAUUAGACUUAUUUUCUAUGUUUGGAUUUAGCAUAUUAUAGUCAUAUUAGUAUCUCUUGCUAAAUAUAGUAGUUGAUUAAUUCAGAUGUGCUAAAGAUAGCAGUUUAUGAAUUCAGGCACUCAGUUCAAAUGUUCAUUUAGUGAUUUGCUCUUACACUGUAGGUUUAUGCUUUUUUAAAAGAUAAGAUUAUACUAUGUUUAAAUGGGAGGGUCAGCUUUGACUUUUUUCUUAAAAUAUGAUUAAUGAUUGUUUCAAAUACAAUAUGGAGAUAUUUGGAUUAAAUUACAAUCUCUUGCAGUUGCAUAGUACAGAUACCAGACUUUUUGUAAGUUUCAUGCUCUGAUGUAUUAUUUAUAGUACUAAAUGCUCUGUUUUAUGUAUAAGAAGGUUUUAUUCUUGUAGGGUAGACAAACAAAAAGUAAUAAUAGGAAUUUUAUUAAACUUUGCAAGUUUAACCAAAAUUUAUUUAAACGUUUUAUUAAAGCACUUUUGCAAAUCUUUACCUCCCUGUGUGAUAUUUUUCUAAAUUCAUUUG